CUUCACAUUGAUGGGCACACGCGAAUAUAAGUAUGGACGAACAGCCAGGGGCUCACACACACAAACAAUGAUUCAAGUUCUCACUCCGGUUAUCCUCUUCAUCGCUUUAUACGUCUUCUGGAAUGUUUACAAUAAAAGAAGCAAAACAAAUCUUCCACCGGGAAGCUUCGGAUGGCCGUUUCUCGGAGAAACUCUUGCGCUGGUUCGUGCAAAUUGGGAUGGAGUUCCAGAGAGAUUCGUUGAAGAACGGAUCGAAAAAUACGGCAGCCCUCUAGUGUUUAAGACGUCAUUACUUGGCGAACGUAUGGCCGUACUGUGUGGUCCUGCGGGCCACAAAUUUCGGUUUGCGAAUGAGAACAAGCUGGUGGGCGCGUGGUGGCCGUUGCCGAUUAUGAGGCUUUUCGGGAGGUGCCUGCUUACGAUUCGUGGCGAUGAAACAAAGUGGAUGAGGAAGAUGUUGUUAUCGUAUCUUAGUCCCGAUGCUUUCGCCACUCACUAUGCUGCGACUAUGGAUGUUGUCACCCGUCGACAUAUCGAUGUUCAUUGGCGAGGUAAGGAACAGGUAAACGUAUUCCAAACCGUUAAGUUAUACGCCUUUGAGCUUGCUUGCCGUUUAUUUCUUAGCCUCGAGGAGCCAAAUCACAUUGCAAAACUUGCUUCCUUGUUCAACAUAUUUUUGAAAGGAUUGCUGGAGUUGCCUAUAAAUUUUCCAGGGACAUGGUUUUAUAGCGCAAUUAAGGCAAGAGAUACAAUUAGGAUGGAACUCAUGAUGAUUAUCAAAGCAAGAAGAGUGGAAAUUGAAGAAGGAAAGGUGUCAUCUUCACAAGACCUCUUAUCACAUUUGCUUACAUCUUCAGACGAAAAUGGCAGGUAUUUAACUGAGAAAGAUAUUGCAAACAACAUCUUGAUACUACUCUUUGCUGGUCAUGACACCUCAACAACUGCUAUCACUUUUCUCAUCAAGAGUCUUGGUGAACACCCUGAUGUUUAUGACAAAGUGUUGAAAGAGCAAUUAGAGAUUUCUAAGGCAAAACAAGUUGGGGAAUUGCUGAAUUGGGAGGACAUACAAAAGAUGAGAUACUCUUGGAAUGUAGUAUCUGAAGUAAUGAGGCUAUAUCCACCUGGCUUCGGAGCCUUUAGAGAGGCCUUGGUGGAUAUUGAGUAUGCAGGUUAUACUAUCCCUAAAGGAUGGAAGAUAUACUUAAGUUAUGCGUCAUUACAUAAGGACAUCGCUAACUUUGAAGAUGUGACACGGUUCGAUCCAUCAAGGUUUGAAGGUGCAGGACCAACUCCAUUCACAUAUUUGCCAUUUGGAGGGGGUCCUAGGAUGUGUAUAGGGAAAGAAUUUGCCAGAUUGGAAAUACUAACCUUCCUUCACGACAUCAUAACCAAUUUCAAAUGGGAACUGUUGAUACCUGAAGAGAAAAUUGAAUAUGAUCCUAUGCCUACUCCUGUAAAAGGGCUUCCAAUUCGCCUCCAUCCUCAUCAGGUUGAAUUAUUUUAGCAUGAAUCAGUGUUCACAUAAUAACUCAAAUUGUGGUAUCAUUUGAGCUAGAACCUUUUGGUUUGCUAACUCAAAUGAUGAUGAGUCAAAUAAAGAAUUCCGAUCACUACGAGUAGUUCCUAGUUUGUUGCUAAAUAAAUUUUCGUUUUGUUAUGUUGAGUCAUUGUCAACUGUUCAUUAUUUCCCCUUGUUGUAUAACUUUAUUCAGCAUUAUUAGUGAGCAUAGUGUGUGUGUGAAGGUUUCUUCAUUCA